CAAUAAAAAGACUUCCUUCACUGUCCAAAAUAGCAGAAACAAUAUUGGAUUUAAGAACAGGAUUAGGAGCAGCAAAACUAUCAUCAGAAAUUCAAAAGAUAACACUUGUAUAUUCUAUUAAUGAUAAGGAGACAAGAACUUUUUGGAGAGAAAAUUUACCUAGAAUAGCUUAUAAUAAUCCAAAAGUAAAAAUCAAUGUAGAAUCAUCAUUGGUAUCAGCACCAUCACCUGAUAAAUCCUUAAUAAAAAUGGAAUAUAUUUAUGAAGAAAAAGAAGAGAUCGGAGAAAAGAUUGUUGAAUUGGACAUUACAGGGAAAGAUUCAGAGGAGAUUUGUCGAGAAUUCUUAAAUGUUACAAAAGCAAUUCCAGCAGUGAUGACAGAAUCAUCAUCUAGACAAAAAAGAGCACCACUAGGUGAUAAAAAGUAUAAUGAUGAGGAUAUUCAAUACCUGAUUGAUUAA